GUUGUAAGGAAAUUAGAGUUCAGACAGAUCUAAGUGCUUGUCUAGAUCUUUCUAAGAAGUUGCAUGGCAUCUGGGAUUUGUCAAGUGACCAAAAGUUGAGAAAAAAUCUAAUAGCCAAGUUGUUUGUAGUUUGUUCCAUAGAUAUUGAUGUCCUAUUUGGGUUCAUUAAUAUGAGCUCACCUUCUAAAACAAUGGAACCAUUGGUAUUUAAGAGCUCUUUUAAUAAGGCUUUGUAGAGCUUUGUGCAUCCUGUUCUUAGUUCUGAAGCUAUAAAAGUAUAUUUUUUCUACCCUUCUUUGACUAAGAUCAGUAGUGGACUGUUGCAAUUGAAGGCUCUAUUUGAGUCAUUGUUUGAUCUCUGUAGUGUUGAAAAUGCAGUUAUUGCUUAUAGAUCGCUCCAUAUACUACAUGUCUUACUGAAGCAUCUUUUGACUUUUGAAAGGAAUCUUGAAGCAAGCAAGAAAAAGAUGGCAACAAGAGUACAGAGAUUAGGGAAGGAUCAUCGAAAUAAAAAAAAAACUAAAAUCCACGGCACCACCAGUUCUCACCAAGCUAAUUUUGUUGUCGUCUCCACCUUACCAUCCUUCCAUCAUUGACAAUUCACCUUGAAGUGGUUCAUUUCAUCUCCUAACCAAUCUCUUUUCUUUAAAUGGUAUUAAGAUCUUCAAUCCAAAUGGCUUGUAAGAAGAUCAGAGAGUACGAUUCCAAGAGACUUUUGAAAGAGCACCUCAAAUGCCUAGCUAAUAUUCAUCUCCAGAUUUGCUCUGCCUAGGUGACACAAUCCGUUGAUUUCACUCAGUUAGCAAACCAAGAACCAUGGUUUCCAUCCACCAGAUUGGUUGUCAAGCCAGAUAUGUUGUUUGGGAAAUGUGGAAAGAGUGGCUUGGUUGCUCUCAAGUUAGAUCUUGCUAAAGUUGUUGAAUUCGUCAAAGCACGCCUUGGCAUUGAAGUUGAGAUGGGUGGUUGCAAAGCUCCUAUAACCACCUUCAUUGUUGAACCUUUUGUCCCCCAUGAACAAGAGUAUUACCUUUCAAUAGUCUCUGAAAGGCUUGGCUCAACCAUUAGCUUUUCAAAAUGUGGAGGCAUCAAAAUUGAAGAGAAUUGGGAUAAGGUUAAGACCAUUUUCCUUUCAUUUGAGAAACCUAUGACCUUCGAGACGUGCGCAUCAUUGAUAGAUACAUUCCCUUUUGAAGUUCGAGGGAAUAUUGGUGACUUCAUCAUGGUUGUCUUUUCUGUCUUUCAAGAUCUUGAUUUUAGCUUUCUGGAGAUAAAUCCAUUUACGUUGGUGAAUGGAGAACCAUACCCACUGGAUAUGAGGGGAGAGUUGGAUGACACUACUGCAUUCAAGAACUUCAAUAAGUGGGGUAACAUAGAGUUUCAUCUACCUUUUGGAAGAGCCUUGAGCCCAACAGAAAGUUUCAUUCAUUCAUUGGAUGAAAAGAUGAGUGCAUCCCUGAAAUUCAUUAUUUUGAAUCCAAAAAGGCGUAUCUGGACAAUGGUUGUUGAAUGUGGCGCUAGUAUCAUAUAUGCUGACACUUUGAGCUACCAAGCCGAGCUGAGCCGCAUCCUCUAA